CGGUCCCGCCCCUUUCCCUACCUUCGCAGUAGCCGGCGGCGGCGUCUGAGUCUGAGGUGGCGAUGGAGAAUUUCGAGCCUGUACCCGUGCCUGAGGGGGAAACGGCGUCCUGCUCUUCCUGGGCGGCCAGCAGCACAAAUUUACCCAUCAUGUCAACAGAAUCUAUGGAAAUCGAUGAUGCAUUAUACAGUCGACAGAGGUAUGUUCUUGGAGACACAGCAAUGCAGAAGAUGGCCAAGUCUCACGUUUUCUUAAGUGGUAUGGGUGGUCUUGGUUUGGAAAUUGCAAAGAAUAUAGUUCUUGCUGGGAUUAAGGCACUUACAAUUCAUGAUACAGGAAAUUGCCACCCGUGGGAUCUAGGAACCAACUUCUUUCUGUGUGAAGAUGAUGUUGUUAAUAAGAGAAACAGAGCUGAAGCUGUACUUCAACAUAUUGCAGAACUAAAUCCAUAUGUUCAUGUCACAUCAUCUUCUCUUCCUUUAAAUGAAACCACAGAUCUCUCUUUCUUAGAGGAAUACCAGUGUAUAGUAUUGACUGAGAUCAGACUUCCAUUGCAGAAGAGGAUUAACGACUUUUGCCGUUCUCGGUGCCCUCCAAUUAAGUUCAUCAGUGCAGAUGUACAUGGAAUUUGGUCACGGUUGUUUUGUGAUUUUGGUGAUGAAUUUGAAGUUUUAGAUACAACAGGAGAAGAACCAAAAGAAAUUUUUAUUUCAAGCAUAACGCAAGCUAAUCCUGGCAUUGUCACUUGCCUUGAAAAUCGUCCUCACAAAUUUGAGACAGGACAAUUUGUCACAUUUCGAGAAAUUAAUGGAAUGGCAGGGUUAAAUGGAUCUAUACAGCAAAUAACUGUGGUGUCACCAUUUUCUUUUAGUGUUGGUGAUACUACAGAACUGGAACCAUAUUUACAUGGAGGCAUAGCUGUCCAAGUUAAGACUCCUAAAAUAUUUUACUUUGAAUCAUUGGAGAGGCAGAUAAAACAUGCAAAGUGCCUUAUUGCGGAUUUUAGCAAACCUGAGGCACCAUUACAGAUUCACACAGCCAUGCUUGCCCUGGACCAGUUUCGGGAGAACUACAGUCGCAAGCCAAAUAUUGGAUGCCGACAAGAUUCAGAAGAACUGUUGAAACUAGCAACAUCUAUAAGCAAAACCUUGGAAGAGAAGCCUGAAGUAAAUGUCGACAUUGUGAACUGGCUCUCUUGGACUGCUCAAGGCUUUUUACCCCCACUUGCUGCAGCAGUAGGAGGUGUUGCCAGCCAAGAAGUAUUGAAAGCUGUAACAGGAAAGUUUUCUCCUUUGUGCCAGUGGUUAUAUAUCGAAGCAGCAGAUAUUGUCGAAUCACUAGGCAAACCUGAACGUGAAGAAUUUCUCCCACGAGGAGAUAGAUAUGAUGCCUUACGAGCCUGCAUUGGAGACUCUUUAUGUAAGAAGCUACAAAAUUUGAAUAUCUUUUUAGUAGGAUGCGGAGCCAUAGGCUGUGAAAUGCUAAAAAAUUUUGCUUUGCUUGGUGUUGGCACAGGCAAAGAGAAGGGAAUGGUUACAGUUACAGAUCCUGACUUGAUAGAAAAAUCCAACUUGAAUAGACAGUUCCUAUUUCGUCCCCAUCACAUACAGAAACCUAAAAGCUAUACUGCUGCUGGUGCAACCUUGAAAAUAAAUCCUCAAUUAAAGAUAGAUGCACACCUGAAUAAAGUAUGUCCAGCAACUGAGACCAUUUACAAUGAUGAGUUCUAUACUAAACAAGAUAUAAUUAUUACAGCAUUAGAUAACGUGGAAGCCAGAAGAUACGUAGACAGCCGUUGUUUAGCAAAUCUGCGACCUCUAUUAGACUCUGGAACAAUGGGCACUAAGGGACACACUGAAGUUAUUGUACCUCAUUUGACUGAAUCCUAUAACAGUCAUCGGGAUCCCCCAGAAGAGGAAAUACCAUUUUGUACUCUAAAGUCCUUUCCAGCUGCUAUCGAACAUACUAUACAGUGGGCAAGAGAUAAGUUUGAAAGUUCCUUUUCCCACAAGCCUUCGUUGUUCAACAAAUUUUGGCAAACCUAUCAUUCUGCGGAAGAAGUCUUACAGAAGAUACAAACUGGACACAGUUUAGAAGGCUGUUUUCAAGUUAUUAAGUUACUUAGCAGAAGACCUAGAAAUUGGUCCCAGUGUGUAGAGUUAGCAAGAUUAAAGUUUGAAAAAUAUUUUAACCAUAAGGCUCUACAGUUGCUUCACUGUUUCCCUCUGGACACACGAUUAAAAGACGGCAGUUUGUUUUGGCAAUCACCAAAGAGGCCCCCCUCGCCAAUAAAAUUUGAGUUAAAUGAACCUUUGCACUUCAGUUUCAUUCAGAAUGCUGCAAAACUAUAUGCUAUGGUAUAUUGCAUUCCAUUUACAGAAAAGGACUUGUCAGCAGAUGCCCUCUUGGAUAUUCUUUCUGAUGUCAAGAUUCAGGAAUUCAAACCUUCCAACAAGGUUGUUCAAACAGAUGAAACUGCAAGGAAACCAGACCAUGUUCCCAUUAGCAAUGAAGAUGAGAGGAAUGCUGCUUUCCAACUAGAAAAGGCUAUUUCAUCUAAUGAAGCUACCAAAAGUGACCUUCAGAUGGCAGUACUUUCAUUUGAAAAAGAUGAUGAUCAUAAUGGGCACAUAGAUUUCAUCACAGCUGCAUCCAAUCUUCGUGCGAAGAUGUAUAGUAUUGAACCAGCUAACCGUUUCAAAACAAAACGUAUAGCUGGUAAAAUCAUACCUGCUAUAGCAACAUCCACUGCUGCAGUGUCUGGCUUGGUUGCAUUGGAGAUGCUCAAAGUAGCUGGUGGCUAUCCAUUUGAAGCUUAUAAAAAUUGUUUCCUGAACUUAGCCAUUCCAAUUAUAGUGUUUACAGAGACAUCUGAAGUAAGAAAAACUGAAAUCAGAAAUGGAAUAUCAUUUACGAUCUGGGACAGAUGGAUUAUACAUGGAAAAGAAGAUUUUACUCUCUUGGAUUUCAUAAAUGCAGUCAAAGAAAAGUAUGGAAUUGAGCCAACGAUGGUGGUACAGGGAGUCAAGAUGCUUUAUGUUCCUGUAGUGCCUGGUCAUGCUAAAAGGUUGAAGUUAACAAUGCAUAAACUUGUGAAACCUUCUACUGAAAAGAAAUAUGUGGAUCUUACUGUGUCAUUUGCCCCAGACACUGAUGGAGAUGAAGAUUUGCCUGGACCUCCAGUAAGAUACUACUUCAGUCAUGACGCUGAUUAACAGAAGUUUUCUAAAGUUACUUCAGUACUACUUACUUUUUGGAAGGAGUGCACUUAAUUCGGAAUCUAAAAAUACUAGCUCAUAAUAUUAUGGAUUUCUCCUUGAAGAAGCCUUAAUUUAAAGGAAACACCAGUAGGAAACUACAUCGAAGAAUUGUAAAACAGUUUGGAGUAUAGUGUACACUUGUCUAGUGCUUCAUACAUGGAUGUGAUCUCAAGCAAGUUUGAACUGGAAUGCUCUUUUGUAGUGCUUGCAACAAAUGUGUGUAUUAACCUCUUUCCAUGAUUGGAAAAGAUAAGGAUCAAGAAACUGAAAGUAACAAAUGUAGCUAUCCAAACAGUUUAAUCCUAUUUUAUGAGUUCUUUUCAUUUAUUAUUUGAAACCCGUUUUUCUAUAAAAAUAGUGUUUGGCACCCCGUACUCCUGAUAACUAAGUUUGAGAAUUUAACACCAGUGCAGGGGGAGAUGGUGGCAGUGGAUAAAAAGUGGAUAUUUUAAAUUGUGCAGUUAAAAUAUAUUCUCCUAUUACCUGUUAGUUUAGCCAGAAUUUGUUGUAUCACAGUCACCCAAAAAUCGGGCUUUUUAUUGAUAGUAUCAGUGUUGUAAGCCAUGAGCAGUAGGUCAGAUGACACAUGUUAACUUUUGACUAAGUGUAAACAGUAUUUUAUGGACUCUGACAACUUUCGUAAAGAAUCCAUGAAUGUGAACAGGUAAAUGUGGCUAAUCAUUUGAUUCUUCACUAUGCCUUCUAAUAUGGCUACUUUAUUUAUUUGAAACUCUAAACCUGAUUGCCACAGUAUGUAAAACUAAAAGAUUUUGUAAACAGAGUGUUGUUAGAAAUAGAUGAAAGUGAGAAAUUAAAAAUUUUUCACUAGUUGAGUCUUGAUUUUUUUUCUUCCAGUGGUCAAAUGGACAGAAAAAAAUUAAUAUUCAUUUUUAUUUUAAAGAAAAGCUCAUUCUUUUAUUCUCCAUUUCCAGAAAGGAAGGUGAUGUUGACUAAAAUAGAAAUUUAUUUUUUAAAACCUUUAUUGAUAGAAACUUUCUGUUUUCUGAUAUGAAAUAUUGAGGAAAUGCUUUCAUUAAAAUGACAAAAAGUGCAUUUACCACUGUAAACUCAGUGAGAACAGUAAGUGAUUCUUUUUAUUUCUGAGGCUAUUGUACAUUCUAAAGCAACUGGCAUUUUAUAACUAUAGGGAGUCAUUUUCCUCUCGCUGCUUUUCUUGAUUCAGGCCAUUAAUAGGUACUAUGAUAAAAACUAGAUUGACAUCAGUAUUAUUACUCCAAUUCCAUCUCUUUUUACACUCUGUAUUUACUUUCCUCUUAUUCCAAGUACAAAUAGUUUACUUUGUCAGCCAGCUAGAUUGUUUCAUUAUUCUGUAAAAGAAUCAUUAAAACUUCCACUUGGGAAAAUAUAUUAGGGGGUGAUGGGUGAAUUUGUAUGAUUGAAGGAUAAUGUGUAUAUUGGUGAGUGGGGAGAAGUAGACAUGAGUUUAAAGGAAGUGGCUACCUUGAAAUAAGCCAUUUUUGUUCACCAUGUCUUACCCUUCCCCAUCAUACAUAUCACAACUGUAAUGUUUAAAAUUAAUGUUACUUAAAAUUGAAGCCAGGAAAAUCAAGACUUUGUUACUUGGAACUUGAUUGGCUAGGAACAACAAAAGAACUUUUGUAUAAGAAGUCUUUUUCCCCUCUUCCACUUUGUUUUCUCUGUGGCAGUAACUCGUAUUUUCCAGGAAGCCAUUCAUCAGUCCUUACAGGUGAUCUGAUAGCUUGCUUAUAUUUGAUCUAAGUCUCCAGAUUUCUUCAUCAUGUGCCAUCAGUUCACAUUUAUAGACAUUAGUGCUUUAGCGGAUAAACAACAUCAAUAAGCAUUAGGUUCAUUUUGUGAUUAAAACCACCAGCCAUUUUUGUCAUUGCCCUUUUUUUUUUUUUUUCCUGUGUAGAUAAUGGGUAUUCCCAUCAUUUCUUCUAUUUAGUGCUACUAAUCCAGAAAGCCAGGGUAAAGUUAAUGACAGUUUUUCUCACUGUUUUAUUUCUGUACUGUGAAAUCACUGUUUGUGAUUGAAAUACCAGAUGCAAAAAUUAAUGAUUCUAUACAGUACCACUGAGUAAUUUUUUACUUAUUAAAAAUAAAUUAGGAAAAUUGGCAAUAUCUUUGUAAUUGAUGUUCCAUAGUUGACUAGGGAUUCUGAUUCUGCUAUUCAUUUUGUGAGUAAUGUUGUUUUGGUGUUCCCUAAUUUUCAAUUUUUGCAGUUGAGGAGAUAGAGCAGUCACUAUAUGUGGAGAGACAUUACUUCACAGUACUUUUGGCCUCCUAGAAACUGUCUUAAAACAGAUGGAAGGAAAUGGUGGUGACCACAUAAAACUUAAAGAGCUGAUAAAACCCAGACUGUGGGUUGGGGGCUUUUAAAGUCCACUCCUUUAUACAGUUCAAAGCAAUGAUGUUACCUGUCUAUAAGUUCUUCAUAUAUUGUCCCAAAGGUAGAACUUGGAAGUAGAUGUGUAUCUUUGUUUUUGUUCUUUUAUCUCUUAUGGCACUACCUGGUGGUAACAGUGACAAGGCAUAAGAAAAAGAAUCAGCUAAGUUUACAGUUCACAAUUUUAUAAUUAAUACAAAUAAAGAUCAAAAAAAUUAUUCCCUUGAAAUCUUGGAGAAGAAUCUCUUGACCUAGUGUUUUUUUUCCAGCUAUUACAAAUAUCAUAAACUCAUCACGGUUGCAGAAAAACCCUAGGUAUGGGUUUAACUAUUUUACUUUGCACAGAUUUAAAAACAAAAAAACAGGAAGUUGAGAUCUUGAGGUUCAGAGUAAUCUGGUAAUUUCUCUGUGUUCAUUUUCCUUUUGUCAUGUCAUAGCUUCUCUUUUUGUAAUUGAGAAAUACACAUUCAAAGAGUACAUAAAACAUAAAAUAUGCAGUUUAACAAAUAUUUUAAAGUAACUUCUAUAACCAUCAUUCAAGUCAAGAAAUAGAACGUUAAUAGCCUCCCUGUAGUUCCCCAGGUGUCCCUUCCCAAUCACAAUCAGCUUCCUAACGCACAUAUUUUGUCCUGCCUUUUGAUAACUGUGUGCUUGUUUUUAUUUAUGAUUUCACCACCUAUGCAUGUAAACUAAGCGGUACAGUUUACUUUUGCCUGUUUUUGAAGUUUAUGUAAAUGGAAUCGUACCGUAUGGGUUCUUGAAUGACUCUCUUCUUUCAGUAUUAAGUGAAUCAUCCAUGUUUUUGCUCAUAGCUGUACUUCAUUCAUUGCCAUUGGUGUAUAAGUUACCCUUGCAGUACCCUUGCAUCAAUAUACCACAGUUUGUUCAUUCUAUUAACUGGGCAAUUGGGAUGUUUUCAGUUUGAGGCAGUUGCAGUUCCACAGUGAACAUUAUUGUGUGUAUUUCCUAGUGCGAAUCUACAAGGGUUUCUAUAGGUAUGUAUUUAGGAGUGGAAUUGCUAGGUCAUAGAGAAUUCACAUCUUAAAUUUUACUAGAUAAUAAAAUUUUUUCCUAAGCAGUAGAAACUUCCUGUUUCUAUACAUCUUGGUCAACAUUGCUAUUAUCAGAUUUUUUUUUAUUUUACCAGUCUAAUGGAUGUAUGUUUGAAGGUUUUACUUUGCAUUUCCUCAGUUAACAGAAGUAGACCUUUUCGUAAGUUUAUUGAUCAUAUGGACUGUCUUUUUUGUAAAGUGUCUUGUCAGAUCUUUUAUCCUUUUUUCUGUUGAGUUGGCCAUCAUUUUCCUUAUUGAUUUAUAAAAAAUCUUUAUGUAUCCUGUCUUUUGUUGGCUAUAUAGCUGCAAAUACCUUCUCCCACUCUGUGGCUUGAUUUUCCUCUCAUGAUAUUGUUUGGUAAAAAGAAUUUGUUAAUGUUUCUAUAGUGAAAAUUACCAGUCUUUUGUUUUAAGUUUAGAAUUUUUUGUGACUUGUUUAAAAAAUCUUUUCCUCCCCUAAGUCAUAAAGAUAUUCUCCUGUAUUAUUUUCUAAAAGCUUUAGUUUUGCCUUUUACAUUUAGGUUUUCAAUUCACAAGGAAUUUAGUGUAUGGUGGGAAAAGUCAUCAUUUAUUGAAAAGUCUAUUCUUACUUCACUUUUCCGCAGUGCCAUCACAGUCGUAUAUCAUACAAGUCUCUUUCUAAUUUUUUUCUUCUAUUCUAUCCCUGUGCCAGUACUGUACUGUCUUUAUCAGUGUACCAGAUGUCAUGGAUACAGUGUCCUCCAAAAAUAUGUGUCAACUUGGUUAGGCCAUGAUUCCCAGUAUUGUAUGAUUAUCCACCAUUUUGUCAUUUGAUAAGAUUUUCCGAUGUGUUGUAAUGUAAAUCCUAUCACUAUAUUAGCGGCAGUUAUAUCGAUGAGAUCUACAAGAUAAGAUAAUGUCUUAAGCCAGUCUCUUUUGAGAUAUAAAAGAGAAGCAAGCAGAGAGACAUGGGGACCUCAUACCACCAAGAAGGCAGUACCAGGAGCAGAGCACAUCCUUUGGAUGUGGGGUCCCUGCACCUGAUAAGCCCCUUGACCAAGGGAAAAUUGAUGACAAAGACCUUCCUCCAGAGCCCACAGAGAGAGAAAGCCUUCUCCUGGAGCUGAUGCCCUGAAUUUAGACUUCCAGCCUACUAGACUGUGAGAAAAUAAAUUUUUUUUUGUUAAAGCCAUCCACUUUUGGUAUUUCUGUUACAGCAGCCCUAGCUGACUAAGACAGCAGAUAUAUUGUUCUUGAUAUUUGACAGAGCAAGUUGUCCAAACUUAUUGUUUUGUAAGAGUGUUUUUGUUAUUCUUAGCCCUUUUUUAUUUUCAGUUCUCAAAUUUCUAAUUGUAAAUAUGUAAAUCUACAAAUUUGUCACUUUUGCAGUUUCUAGUUCUCUUGCCAGAAUUUUCAAUCUUUUAUCUACUCGAACAUAGAAAAUGUAAUUAUUUUAUAGUCUGUCUAAUAACGUUUGGGUCUGUUUUUAUUUUUCUUUUGUUUCUAUUAGUCCUUUUCUUAGGGUUAGGUCUCCUUGUGUGCCUGGUUACUUUUAAUCGUAGGCCAGUAUUGUAUUUGAAAAAUUGCUUGUAGAAAUAAUUUAAUGCUAGGCAUUCUCCACAGAGGUUUUUUUUUUUUUUUU